CUCAAACUAACAAAACUCGAACUGCGUGCUCGGUCUUCAACUUAACGCUUUACUCUUCACUUUACCGAAUCGAAAGCUUUGCUUCUGGAAUCCUCUAUUCAUCUUCUCCCUUUCUUCUGAAAUAAACCCUAAAUCAGACAUCUCCGUUCCAGAAUACCUCUUGUUAAUUCAGAAUUUCAAUAGACGAGUAGGGGCGGGCAAGGGCAAGACGUACGUCUCGGUAGAAAAAAAGGAGAGCCGGUCGAGCUAGGCCUAAAAAAUUAAAAAGCUACCUUGUAGAAGUUUUGUUCUCAAAACUUUUGUAGGGGCGGGCAGCUCCGUGGCAGGAGAAAAUCAAUGGAUUUUGUGGACGUUGUGGAAGUCGUUUCUGCAAUCAUAACGCAAUUCAAAGCUCAUCAGAUAAAUCAUGAGGUAGAGGCGGUCGCAGAAGCUCUAAGACGGAUUAAAAAUGUCUUCAGCUACGAUGAACUUAAGUCGUUGGAAGAUCUUCUUGGUCUUGUUUACAAGAUGGAGGAUUUCGCUGACAAGCCUUUCUUGCGGAGAAUGCAUUUAAGGAGAAUCGGCUUCGCUAGGAGGUACAUUUACAUCCUCCUGAGGUUGAGUUUGAACGCUAAAGUCGACUUCGGCCAUGAGAUGAGGGAGUUCGUAGUCAAGAUCAAUCGCAUUAUUGAGCCCCUCAAGAUUAAGGAAUUAGGUGUGAGCAGACAAAGCCAUCCACGUGAAGAAUCAGACGUCGUUGGCUUGGAAGAGGACAAAGGAAAUCUGGUGACUUGGCUAACUGGCACUUCCGUCGCAGAUCUUGGGCUUCUCUUAAUCUCAGGCAAGACUGGCUCGGGCAAGACUACCCUUGCAAAGGAAAUAUGGAAAAGUAGUGAGAUUCAAAGUCAUUUUAAAUUCUGCAAGUGGGUUUCUGCCUCUGAAGACCCUAAUGGCAAUGUCUUCCGGAGCAUUUGGGCGCCGCCGAUCACUGAAGAUUCAACGGAUGAUACCGAUAUGCAAUCUAUCGAAAAAGAAUUGGUAGCGGAGAUCCGUAAGAAUUUGCAGGAGAAACGGUGCCUGGUAGUGUUCGAUGGUGCGAGGUCAGGUCUUGUCAAUAUAUUCGCACGUUUUGACUUACGAUCAGACGAAGGUAAUGGUAGCAGGUUGAUAAUGACUACUCGGGGAUACGUCUACAACGACUAUGGCGAUGCAAGAGUGAAGCCUUGUAAGCUGGAGCCGUUAAACGAUGAGGACGCAUGGCAUUUGUUCUCGAAAAAUGUACGCUUACCAGAUAAUGUUCAGUUCUCUGAUUCAGAAAUACCCCGGUUGAAAGGAAAGUUUAGAGAUAUAUGCGAAGGCAUACCUUCGGCAAUCGUGGUGCUUGGACGUUUUCUAUCGACAAAAAAUUACCAACAACGAUUGGCAGUUCUUGAGCAUGCAAUUGACAACCAAAAUGAAGUCUCGGUCUCAAGCACCCUGGCCUUCAUUAAUAGUGAUAUGACAUUCGGGAUGAGGCGUUGCCUGCUUUAUUUUGGGUUUUUCCCAAAAGGAUACGAAAUUCCAGUGAGAAGGUUAUUGCGUUUAUGGCUUGUAGAAGGGCUUCUUACUGAUCCACGGGAACCAACUGUAAAUGAUCCACUGGAAUGGGAUCCGGAGCAAACUGCGGGAAUGUAUCUGGAUGAACUAGCAUACCGAGGGAUGAUUGAAAUAGCAUGGAGAAAAGACGGGAGUCCCAAAACAUGCCGAAUGCUUGGCAUCCUACAUGAUCUCUGCUUGCGAAAAGCAGAAGAUAUAUUUGGCCUUCUCCACAUCCACCCAACUACGCCACAUCACGAAAGUAGUAGUGAUCGGGCAGCAUCUCCAUCUCCCAAGUUUGGUGUUCGCCGUGUUUCUGGUGACAUCAAAAAGUAUUCCAGUAAAGACUCGCACAUGCAACAUCUGCGCUCUUACUUGUCCUUCAACACUCAAAACAAAGAUACGCCUGCGGAAGAAAUAUACAACUUUCUCCGUGAAGUUAUUGGUCAUCGAGCCUUUGGAAUGCUCAAGGUGCUUGAUCUAGAACGUGUUUACAAACCUAAAUUGCCACAUAAUCUGGGGAAACUGUAUCUCUUAAGGUACUUGGGUUUAAGAUGGACCUUCUUGGAUACCCUUCCACACUCUGUUAGUGAGUUGCCCUCCCUUGAAACCUUGGAUGUCAAGCACACCAAUAUAAGCUCUCCACCCAAUUCUAUUUGGAAGAUGCAACACCUGCGGCAUCUGUGUCUUAAUGAGAUACGCCUUGACAAGCCUGUGGGAAAGCACGGUAUUUCUCUUAUUGGGCUCCAGACGUUGUGGGGAUUAUUUGUGGACAAGAAGAUUCCAGUGAAGAAUGGUUUGGAUAGAUCAACCGAUCUCAGGAAAUUGGGUCUGACAUUUCAUUUAGACUCCGUUGAAGAAUUAAAUAAUUUAAAUGAGUGGAUUGGAAGUCUGAAAAACCUUAAAUCUUUGAGGUUAAGAUCCAAGAACGAGAAUGGUAGACCUUCAAAGCUCGAAUUAAAGCCUCUAUCAGGCCUAAAGAAUCUCACCAACCUGUAUUUGCUUGGAAACUUACCGGAGCUCUAUGAUGACUACUUUCCGCCGAGUAUUCUAGUUCUUACUUUGUCGGUAUCAAAGCUGAAGGAAGAUCCCAUGCCAAUCCUUGCGAAGCUGCCAAAACUUUAUUUCCUUGGGCUAUUGGCCGAUUCCUACACUGGGAAGGAAAUGGUGUGCCCGCGUGGCGGCUUCCAAUCACUUACAAUUCUGAAGCUCUGGAUGCUAGUUGAAUUGGAGACGUGGACAGUGGCGGAAGGAGCAAUGCAGUCUCUCGAAAAAUUGGAAGUCCGAUGCUGUCACAAGCUGAAGGAGCUUCCAGGCAAGCUAGAUCUGAGCUACAUCGACACAAUAAUUUUAACGAACAUGCAAAAGGAAUUUUUAGUCAAUGUUCAAGCCAAAAUUCCCAAGGAAUACUCGAGCAUCCUCGAAACUCAGCAAUUGCGAGCUGUGCGAUGUCACUGUCAGGAUGAUGUGAAUCAGGUUUGACGCUUGUACGGUCACUCAUCUAUUUGCUUUCAGGAGAUUUCUGGCUUGUGUUAAAAGCUUGGAAGACUAGUUGAUCACUCAAGGAGCUGCGCGCUGGCCGGCCACCCGAUCGAACCCCCUUUGCUAAUUGUUGUUUUAUGUCGUUGCUAUUGAUGUUGCAAUGAUUUUGUUCUUGUUCUUGCUGCUGCUGCUGUUGUGUUUUCAUGGUUGUUAAGACAGCCCUGCUCUUUAUUUUGUUAGGAACAUUGAGUGAUUGUUCGAUUUGUUUCUCGUGUGAUUGUAUGAGACUUCAUUUAUGUCCUUUUCGGUGAAGCAGUAUUAAUAUAUUAUCA